GAAGGCGAACGAAUUUGGGCCUGGGCUGUCGUCUUUGUAUGAGAAUCUGGGGUCUUGACUCGUGCCCUACUUGACGCUGCUCUGCUCUGUAUCCCGAAUGCCGUUGAAACAGCUCGUGGCCCGCCGCCUGUCCUACUACGUUGCUGCGAACUGUAGUGGCGAGUCUGUUCCCGAUCGGACUGUAGGGACUCUUCUCCAUUCACCCGCCAGCACUCGGAACACUCUUCUUAUUCCCAUUGAUCGCUGCCUUUAUUGUGCAAGUGUUCUUACAAUCGUUCCCGUCUGUUCCUCAGGAUACAGCGCCAUUCCAACGACUCCACCUCACUACCACUGUCUACAACGACCGGAGAUAUCACCAUCAUGUCGGUCCCAUACAAGCUUCGCGCGACUGAGAAGCCCGCCAGCGAGAAGAUCCCAAUCAUCGCUCGGCCAUUUGUGAGCGAGCGGGCGAAGAAGACAUUGGACAUCGUCGAGAAAUUCGUCGAGGAAGAAUGUAUUCCCGCAGACACCGUCUACCAGCAACAGAUCGGCGAGACCAAGGCUGAGCGCUGGGUCGCUCACCCGCCGAUCCUCGAGCACCUGAAGAAGCGCGCCCGAGAGCUUGGCCUGUGGAACAUGUUCUUGCCCAAGAACCACUUCAAAGAGGGCGCCGGGUUCAGCAACUUGGAGUACGGUCUCAUGGCCGAAUACCUGGGAAAGAGUGGCAUUGCGUCCGAGGCAGUCAACUGCUCAGCGCCUGACACCGGAAACAUGGAAGUCUUCGCCAAAUACGGCACCGAGUCGCAAAAGAAGCAAUGGCUGGGUGGACUGCUCGAGGGUGAAAUCCGCAGCGCUUUCCUCAUGACCGAGCCCGAUGUCGCUUCAUCGGACGCCACCAACAUCAGCUUGACGAUGCGCAAGGAGGGCAACGAGUGGGUCCUCAACGGCAGCAAAUGGUGGAGUUCCGGUGCGGGUGACAUGCGAUGCAAGAUCUUCAUCGUCAUGGGCAAGAGCGAUCCCCAGAACAAGAACGUCUACCGACAACAGAGUGUUAUUUUGGUCCCGGCCGACACACCUGGUGUUACCGUCAACCGAAUGGUCUCGGUCUUUGGUUACGACGAUGCUCCUCACGGACACGGACACAUCACAUUCAAUAACGUACGGGUACCUCUGGAGAACAUCAUUCUUGGCGAAGGCCGCGGUUUCGAGGUUAUUCAGGGUCGAUUGGGACCCGGCCGUAUCCAUCACGCUAUGCGUAGUAUCGGCGCCGCCGAGAAGGCUCUGGAGUACAUGGUCGCCCGCAUGAACGACCCCCGGAAGAAGCCCUUCGGCAAGCAGCUCGCCGAACACGGUGUGAUGCUCAGCCGGGUGGCCGAAUCCCGAAUCGAGAUCGACGCCGCCCGUCUGCAAGUGCUCAACGCUGCCAUCAUGAUUGACAGCGCCGACGCCAAAUUCGCCCUCAAGGAAAUCGCCGAGGCCAAGGUCUUCGUCCCGCGCGUCGCCCUCGAUGUCAUCGACAAGGCCAUCCAGGCCUACGGUGGUGCCGGUGUCAGCCAGGACACCCCUCUCGCCAACAUGUACGCCCAUGGCCGGACGAUGCGCAUCGUCGAUGGCCCUGAUGAGGUCCACAUGCUCCAGCUAGGACGAAAUGAGAACAAGCGUGGCAAGGCUUUGUUGGAGAAGAUUCAAGGUUACAGGAAGAAGACCGAUGAGUAUCUGAGCAUGUACGGUUUGGAGAAGAAGGAUAUUUUGCAGCUGGACCGGGAGUUGAGCAAGGCCAAGCUAUGA